UCCACCUCCAUCCAGAACUUCAAGGACAAGACUAUCAGUACAAGCUUGGCAGUGGUGGAUUUAAUUGAUGCUAUACAGCCUGGUUGCAUCAACUAUGACCUUGUAAAGACUGGUCAUCUGUCGGAAGAUGACAAACACAAUAAUGCUAAGUAUGCUGUGUCCAUGGCAAGAAGAAUUGGUGCCCGAGUCUAUGCUCUUCCGGAAGAUCUUGUGGAGGUGAAACCGAAGAUGGUCAUGACCGUGUUUGCCUGCUUGAUGGGCAGAGGAAUGAAGCGCGUAUAAAAGGGUUGAUCCUUGUAAAAACAAACAAACAAACAAACAACAAAAGACAACAAAAACCCAACCUGCCACCCUGGGUGCAUGAGUAGCAGACCAGCUGUGUCCACGCUGAAAUGCUGUUGGCCUAGGAACUGUUGAAGUUCAAAGGAUGUUGUUUUGCUUUGCGAGACAAACUCGUAUCAAAAUUCUCAGGGAGAGGAGUUUUAACCAACAGAUGUGCUCUUUUCCCAAAGGAAAGUUUGACUUAUCAAGAGCUCACAGAAAUGCAUUCAUAACAGACCAGCACCUUGAACGCUGCUCUGGAGCUGUUUUCACCAGGUUUUUUCUCUGAUGCUUGGUGUUGUCCCUACUCCACCCCACCCCCGAGGGCUCUGAGGUGGUCAGUAUGAGUUGUAGUGGGAAUGGAUCUUAUUUCUGUCUGCAGUCCAGCUUCAUUGCUGUCAUUUGGUCCAAGCACAUUGUGGGUUUGACCACUUCCUUAACUUUGCAAACAAAGCUACCGUACAAGUUGGGACCUACAGACCAGCUCGCAAUGCUAAACGAGAAAUGUGUUUUGGAAGAUGGAUCUUCUGGUAUUCUCUGUACAUGGUGCUUUUUUUUUUUAUACAUCUAACUAUUUUGGUUACUUUACAAAUAAAGCAUAGCAGUUUUUUCUCUUGCUGCUUAUAAAAAAAAAAGGGGGGUUUGUUUGUAUUUUUAAGUUAGACUAUAUAUGAGAAUACCACCAUCCUUGGACUGCGCACAGUAGCACAUGAUACCACGUUGCUGAUGGCACAGUUGCACCUGAGAAUGGAAGUGAAUGCAUUUUUGUAUGCAUCUUGGUUCAGUUGUGUGUACCUAGAACAUAAUUUUUACAAAAAUCUGCAUGAAAAAUAUAACUUUUUUAUUUAAAAUGUUGUUGGAUAUAAAACCAUACUACAUUGUGGGGAGGAUUUGUGCAGGGAAGAGGCAAAUGUUACGAACAGCAGGGUUCAAUAAACUGAACAGCAAAUGCGCUAGAAUAUAAAAUUAUUUUUACAGAUAAAAUGAAGUGUUGUCGCCAAAGAAGGAAGAUUCUGUAUCCAUAGGAGUUAAUAUUAUCUUGCUUUGGCAAGCUGUUUGCUAGAUUUUGAGAUCAUAUUGCUAUUCUGAGCUAUUCAAAAUGAUGUAAUAUGGUGGCAAAGCAUUAGUUGAAAUAAAAAAAAAAAAGACAUUUAAAUCCAA